GCAUAUACAUUGGUCUACAUGGGCAUCUGUAUAACAUGUGUGGUCUGGCAACUCAUUAAUGCCAGUGUUCUUGUAUAUCGGUCCCGAAAGGUGCUCCACAUGGCCGUCCUUUUCGAAGUAAUCCUAGCAUUCCUAGUUAUCAUGUCCAGUCUUUUAAAUCCAUUGGUCGGGUUAAGCUGU